AUGGCAGAGGGACAUUAUAAUCUAUCGAUUGCUCUUUAUAAGCCCAAGAACGAUGGAUCCCCCUGGUUCAAUGGUAAAUGGACAAAAGUCGCGAACUAUAGCAUCUUAUUAGCUCAAUACGAAGUCUUCGAUAUCCGCACCCCCGCUGAAUUGAUCAAGAAUCUCGAACCCUCAUGUCGGGAGCUACAACAACUACUUAAAUCCAAGGCCCAGUAUACUCCUCGACUUGCAUCAACAGCAAACGAGAGAAUGGCUGAAUUUUUAUCGGAUACGGUACUUCAAGAAGGAUUCGAGAAUCUGCUUCUAAAUCUAGAAGUCGAUAAGAAGAAGCUCCGAGAAAAUCCUAAUCCGCAAUACAAAUUGCAUAUUUGUUUUGGGAAAUAUCCCGAAUUAGAAAGCAACGAUGAUGACAUCGACUAUUCUACCGACACCACCAACCGUGCCUUCCCCCCAGUCGAUUUUUAUCCUCAAUCUGAUGCAUUGAAAAGAAGACGUGCUUCAUCAGCUACCUCAUUCCCAGUGUCUAAGCCAAAGAAGAAGACCCAAACACAACAUAAUGGUAGCGCCAGUAUCACCAUUAAGAAAGAGAAGAAAGCCGAUCCCAUCAUUAAGAAAGAGAAGGAACCGUUUGGAAUUGCACAUACUCAAACUAGCCAUGAGGUAAUCAGUAUCUCUAGUGAUGAUGAAGCAAUAUCUGAUAAUAAUGAUGAAGCACUUGGUGAGGCGUUCCGUCUUUUAAAGGACGUCGUGAGACGGGCGAAGAAGAAGUCGAGUCUAGCGGAGAGUCUGGAUAAUGGAUUGAAAGUUAAGUGUGAGCUAGAGGAAGAAGCUAAUCUAUUGGCAGUACCUGUCGAGGAUGCCAGUCUAUUAAAAGAGCCAGCAGAGCAAUCCGAUCUGUUAGCAGUGGCUGCCGAGGAAUCCAGUCUAUUAUUGGCUCAGGAUGGACCAGCAUCCAACACUCGGAGACGGCAUGGCAAGUUGUUCCCUAAGAAACAUUUCCUUUGA